UGCAUUUCUUCCACAGCACUCAAAAAAUCACCAUUUAUUUAAAACUCUCUUCUUUUUGCCUUUUUCCUGGCUGUCCGACAGAAUAAUAAUUUAAAAUAAAAAUCCAUUUUGGAUCAAUAUUACAGUUAGGGUUAGGGAAAUCAUAUCAUAUCAAAUCAAAUCAAUGGCGACACAAACACCGAUUGAGCAACAGGAGAGUAGCAGUGCGAGUGCGAGUGCGGGUGCAAAACCGGGACUUAGAAAGCCUGUGUUCAUCAAAGUGGACCAGCUUAAGCCUGGAACUGGAGGCCACACAUUGACUGUCAAGGUCCUUAAUUUCAAUACUGUCCCUCAAAAGGACCGCCGAUCGGUCUCUCUGCAUGUUCGUCAGACACGAAUAGCUGAAUGUCUUAUUGGGGACGAGACUGGUACCAUCAUUUUCACCGCAAGAAACGAUCAAGUUGAUCUGAUGAAGCCAGGGACAACUGUUAUCCUCCGCAAUGCAAAGAUUGACAUGUUUAAGGGGUCUAUGAGGCUAGCAGUUGACAAAUGGGGUCGUGUUGAAGUCACUGAGCCUGCAGAAUUUGAAGUCAAGGAAGACAACAAUCUCUCUCUUGUUGAAUAUGAGCUUGUGAAUGUUGCAGAAGAGUGAUGGGAAUCUAUUGGCCAAUAUUUUGUGAUACAGAGUAGUUUAAGAAAUCUCAAAAUUGUGGUUGCACUUAUUCUAAUUUCGGGCAAUCUUCUUAUGUGGUUACGGUUUAUUUUGUGGAUGGUAUAUGUAGCUUGGGUUGGUUCGUAGACAUAACAAAAGCCAAAGCAAUGCUUUCUUUUCCUUAAAAAUGACCUCAAUGAAGUAGGUUUUUGCCAGUUGUUGUCAGGUGCAUAACUUGGAAUGUAAACGAGUGUUAAUGAUAUCUUUUAUGGUUUUUGAGAUU